GGCGGGACCUCGUUUUCAGCUAGCUCAUGAACUUAAAGCAAGCUUAAAAAAGGUGUAAAUGUCAAAAGAAGAAAGACGGGGCGAAGAAGCUUAUAAUCGAAUCUAGAGCAAUUUCGGAAACUCUUAUCUAUAGGUGUCGAUCAUUCGUUGCACACACACACGCACACAAAGGUGCCGAUCAUCUUCUUGCGUUCGUAAAAGCUAGGGUAUCUUGCUGGCUCCUUAAUUUCCUCUCUGAUUCAUCGGAUUUUCUGGGUUGGGAAGACAAAAAUCAACUGAGAUGAAGAAGGUUAUCGGAAGUCCAGGAACUGUGUGUGGUCUGUUACUUAGAAUCGGACAAUGUACUUCUGCCGCCGCAUCAAUGUCCGUUAUGCUCUCUACGAAGAAUGUCUAUAAUUGCACAGCUUUCUCCUACUUGAUUGCUUCAAUGUGUUUUCAAAUGCUGUGGAGCUUUUGGCUCGCAUGUGUUAAUGUUUAUGCUCUGAAGUACAAGAAAGACCUCCAACACCUAACCGCAGUUAGCUUAUUCGUCGGUGGAGAUUUGGUGACUGCAAUUUUAUCUCUUGCAGCUGCAUGUUCGUCAGCAGGAGUUGUAGUCUUAUACGCUAGAGAUAUCAAGUAUUGCGAUGUCCAUGACUGUCUUAGGUAUGAAGUAGCUGUUGCGCUUUCUUUCAUCACUUGGGUUCAAAUCGCAGUUUCUUUUCAUGUCUCAUUUUGGAUCUAUGCCUCGGUUUAGUUUCUUGAACUGUCGAGAACAUCUUGUAGCUCGUUGUGAUGACAUAUAACAUUUUAGCUUCAUAUGAAAUACCAUCAGUGUUUUCUUAAAA